AUGACUUCACGCGCUUCCCUCAACCCACCAACAGCUCCGCGAUCUGGACGUGUGUUGGGACCAAAUAAUAAUCCUCCGGAUGAUCUGUGUUUGCAUAAUCGGAAAAUCGGAAAAGUCAGAGUCGACUGUAAAUUUCAACUCUCAAGAUCGAAAUGGGGUGUCUUAGGUCAUGCUGAGAACCCGGCUGGAAUCAUUUAUAUGAGCCUCGGUUUUCAUCAACCCGGUGACUGCAGAUUGUCUCAGGCAACUGUCUCUGUUACUUUCAAAGAAUACAAGGGUGGAAACAGAAGCGACGAAACUCUUUCAAGUUCUUUGCACAUCACCAAUCGCUUUGGUCCGAGGCAUCUAGUUGGCGAAGAGAGAAAAGUUUCCGUGAAAGAAAGCGUUCAUUUCACACCCAACUUCACAGUUUUGGGUAACGGAGGCGGCGGAGUUGGUUUCGAUAGAGUUAAAGAUUAUGUGUGCAGUAGUAGAUGGAAUUUCAAAGGCCAACUGAUACCUGCAGACCACCCGAAUCAGAGGGGCCACCAGACAGGCGUGCAUAGAACAUUGAAGUGGGAAUUGACAGAGAGCGAUCUUGAGACAGAAGCCACGCAUAGUGACGUUAUUUAUACUGCAUUUGCAUUUAAGCACGCGGGUGAUGCCUUCUACAUGGAGGUCAAAAUUGAAGGAAAGCUGAAAAGUCCUAAAGAUAGGAUCAGAAGAUACUUGAAAUUCUCCUCCAGGGCAAAAGAAAGCAAAGCAAUAACUUUAUUGGUUGAUCCUCCUCGGAAGAACGGCUCCAGUCCCCAGCUUGAUGCGCUGGCAGAUGGUCUCCCCAGAGCAAUGGAGAUUGAAAAUCUGCUAGCUGUACCGAAAGAAAUGCCACAUGCUGUGCCCACAUUCGUUCACCCGGGUGGGAUUGCGGCAAACACCUCAGGACCAAGCAUAAAUCGAGCAAUUAUUAACCCUGUUGAACAAUCACGAGCUACCAAUGGUUCCCCCACAUUAAUUCAAGGGGUUUCGAACCCUUCCCUGGGAGAUCCAACAUAUCCUUCUGUCGAGAACCUUACAAAAGCACUCUCAGUAUUUGUAGAUAGAAGGCAGCAAAACGCUCAAAAUUCUACAACGAAACCGGAAAAAUCAACCUUGAAGCCAGUCGAAGAAGCAGUCGAACUGGAGAGUGAGUUGAAAACAGACAUUGAAUCUUCAUACUCUUCUUCAGAUACCAAACUGGUCAAUGAGGAAGAUCCAGAACUAAAUCAUGAAAACCUGGCGAUUAUCAAAAAGAAGCAGAUUGAUGAAGAGACGAUGCUUCGUCUAUUCGAGUCGCCAUGUAUCUUGUUUAUCAUACGGAUGUUGCUCAGAGUAGCGGGGUUGUUCAGGGGGGUAACGAAACUACUGGAGAAGCCGCCAUCUUUUGUUGUUGCAAAGCAAAAUUUUAACGGCAAAGCAAAGUCAUAA